AUGAGAGAAGGUUGUCAUAUAAAAACACAAGCGCAACUGGGUGAUAUAGGAUAUCAGCGACGCAGCAUAUGGUCAUAUGUGAAAAAGAAAAAAGGGUCAGAAUCAGCUAUGACAACUUUAAUCUUGGGUUUCAGUCUCCUGUCUGCAGCCUGUCUGAGUCUAGCUGUUCCUGCAGAGAAAACCAGCAGGAAGACAAGAGAUCUGAGUUUUGAGGAAUUCUAUCGACCAGGCCUUCCAGUUCAGUCAGCGCCUUCAGUUUAUUUUCUCGUGCCCGUGGGUCAGUACGGCGGACAGCAGCUUACUCCCUACAGAUUCCCGAGUCUCUUGCGCCCCUACCAACCUGCUUUCCACCCGUAUCCGUAUCAACAUCCGUAUCAGCAUCCGUUUCAACAUCCAUACCCACUCCCUCACGCUCACGCACAUCCACACGCCAUGGCAGUGCAGCCGCCCAUCAUCGUGCUGGAGAGAGUCCCCUCCGCCGCCAGCACCGCCGAGCCUCCCGCCACAGGCGCUCCUUCUGUGGGAGGAUGA